GUUCGCGACAGGGUUUCAAUUUCCAGCCAAAGUCACCAAAACGCACCCGCCCAAGUGAUGUGUUCAGCCCGCAUUGGAGUUCUAGGCGCUUGAAUUGCUCGAGACAGACUCCGCGCACUUUUUGGCCCGUACUGGAGGUUGGCGCAAGGCCCUGAAAGAUUGCCUGGGCUUAAGUGGUGGACUCAAAUCAUUCAUCCAGUUACAUGAUAUACAAUGGCCGAUUCAUCACAACAGCCCGCCGAGUUGAAGCAUGAGUCUUCUGAUGCUGUCGACCUUGGCGCAAACGAUGUCGAUGUUGCUGCCGCCGAUGCACCAGAGACGGAAUCAACAGAUGCUGAACCACCAGCCAACUCAAAUGGAACGCCAGCUAAUCCUUUAGAUACCACCAAGACGCCGCGGGCUCAAGAUGAUCCUGAUGGCGAGCAAGAGGAUGCUGAGAUGGGUGGAGUGGACGAAGAUGCGAAGGUCGAAGAUGGUGAGGCAGAAAAAGACGGCCCGGAGGAAUCUCAAGAAACCCCAGCCGCGACACAGGCCACAGAUGGUCAGGCAUCACAGGCAAAGUCCAACCUCGAAGCCGCAGCCAAUUCACACCUCGUCGCGCAGACACAUCAGAUCAUCCUCCCCAGUUAUAGCACGUGGUUUGACAUGCAGACGGUCCACGCUUUGGAAAAGAAAUCACUUCCCGAGUUCUUCAACAGUCGAAACCGCAGCAAAACACCAGCCGUGUACAAGGAUUACCGCGAUUUUAUGGUCAACUCCUACCGCUUGAACCCUGUCGAGUACCUCACAGUAACCGCAUGUCGAAGAAAUCUGGCCGGCGAUGUCUGCGCGAUAAUGCGAGUGCAUGCCUUUUUAGAACAAUGGGGUCUCAUCAACUAUCAGGUUGAUCCACAGACUCGCCCAGCGAACAUAGGCCCGCCAUUCACAGGCCAUUUUAGGGUUACUGCGGACACACCUCGAGGUUUGCAACCAUUCCAACCAGCCCAAAACACUUUCACCACCCCUGGAAAACCGCAUCCCGCCACUGAUCGAGCUGUUUCGGCAACUCCUGCUACCAAGGCAGAUUUGAACCUUGAACUCAGACGGAACGUCUACGAUGACAAAGGCAAAGAAGUCAAAAAGACCGAGGACCCGGAAAAACAAACAAACGGCGAAGGGGCGACUGCUAAUGGCACCAGUUCCGACGCCGCUGCAACCAAGGCCAUGGACGCUGCCGCAAGAGAACCCAUCAAAACUUUCAACUGCUUCUCAUGCGGGAUCGAUUGUACGAGAUGUCGCUUCCACUACGCCAAAUCGGACCCCGUCUCAGGCACCGCAAACCCCAACGAGCUUAAGUACGACCUGUGCCCGAACUGUUAUUUCCAGUCUCGAAUGCCGUCCAAUCAUCGCUCGUCCGACUUUGUCAAGAUGGAGGAGCCAGCGUAUUCACAUAUUCCCGACAAGAGUGCCGCUUGGACUGAUUCAGAGACCCUCUUGCUCUUGGAAGGUCUGGAGAAUUUUGACAAUGACUGGAAUGAGAUUGCCAAACAUGUUGGUACACGAACCAGGGAGGAAUGUGUGCUCAAAUUCUUGCAGCUCGACAUUCAGGAUCAGUACCUUGAAGAUGGGCCAUUGAAUGGUUCUUCCGCACUGAAGGCGUUGACAGGAAGGAGCGCCGUCAGCCAACUGGACAAUCCGGUGAUGUCGGUAGUCAGCUUCCUUGCGCAGAUGGCGGACCCUGACGUUGUUGCCGCUGCAUCGAACCGCUCUAUUGCGGUCAUGCAGAAGCAGCUGCGCGCAGCACUUGAAAAGGGUAUGGGAGGAACCGAGCAAAGUACGACGGGAGAGACGGAAAAAGGAGAAGUAAAAUCAGAAGAUCAGAUGGAAGUCGACGAGUCAGCUCCUUCGGCUGAGCAACCCACAGCUGAAGCCAACGGAUCUUCCAAAGUCAUCAACGACAUCGCCACGACAGCAUUGGCAGCGACCGCCGCUCGCGCUAGCGGUCUUGCUUCCCACGAGGAGAGGGAGAUUACGAGAAUGGUGUCGGCAGCCGUCAACCUUACCCUCCAGAAAUUCGAGCUGAAGAUGGCGCAAUUCGCCGAGAUGGAAGAAAUCGUUCAAGCCGAGCGCCGGGACCUCGAAAAGGGCAGACAACAACUGUUUUUGGACCGGCUGUCGUUCAAGAAAAGAAUGAAAGAGAUGGAGAACACAUUCCGUCAAGCCAGCCUAAAGGACCCCCAAGAAGGAAUGCGCAUGAUGCAAGAAGCAGUCGGCACGAACUCGGGCCAGAAGUUCGGUUUCCAGUCUGACAGCGACCGAGGCGAGGGCGUUGUCGUCAACGUAACUGCUCAAUCGGGUGAGGCGAGGACCAUGGAGCUCUAGAGGGAGGGAUCCCAGGAGCGAGUGUGCAGCCAGGUUUGCACAUGAUGCGAGUGAUAUGUUCUGCACAAAUACGGGCCAAUGAUUUAGGUUUUGCGAUCAGAAGUCAGGGAUCGGGCAAACGCAGCUUAUGCCAUGACUGCGGAUGCCCGUGGCGGAGGGAACUUAUGGAGCCUUAGAGCGGGGAAUGCAUUGGGGUUUGUCUUGACAGCUGUGACAGCUGUGAGGGACCAAGGGGGUGUAUCGGGCAUGGCGUUUCUCGUUCUCACUGUGGUGUAUGUACUACAUAAGUCACUCGGGAGGACCAGCCCCCUUUCAAGGAAAAAGAAAGGAAAAGACAGAGCGUCAAGAGGGCCGGCAUUCGUCGAAUGUGUUAUCACCAAGAUGUGCGAUAGUCAAAAGCUCUCGGGCUUUUUGCAAGACAAUCGAUUAUGUAUUUUUGUAUCCCAACACCAGCAGCUCCC